AUGGAACUUCAAAGUCCCAGACAAUUUCAGGUCCAAAAAGAAGGCCUGCUAUACAGUGGCUCAUAUGACAAAACAGUCAAAGCCUGGAGGGUCUUAACCAAAAACUGUGUGGAUUCAUUUGUGGCACAUGAACACAAUGUCAAUGCAAUUUUGGUGAAGCAAGAUGAUGGCUGUGUUUUCACUUGCUCCUCAGAUGGGUCAGUGAAGAUUUGGAGAAGGGUAUUUAGUGAAAACUCUCACACUCUCGUCAUGACUCUGAAUUUCCAAAACUACCCUAUAUAUGCAUUGGCCCUAAGCACUUCAUCAUUCAACUCCAAUUGUUUCCUUUACUCUGGUUCUUCAGAUGGAACAAUUAAUUUCUGGGAGAAGGAGAAAAUAACCUUCAGAUUUAACCAUGGUGGGUUUUUACAGGGUCACAAUUUUGCAGUGCUCUGCCUAGUGGCUGUGGAGACGUUGAUAUUUAGUGGGUCAGAGGAUACAACCAUUAGGGUUUGGAGAAGAGAGGAAGGGAGCUGUUUCCAUGAGUGUUUGGCUGUGCUGAAUGGGCACAGAGGGCCUGUGAGGUGUUUGGCUGCUUGUUUGGAGAUGGACAAAGUUGUGAAGGGGUUUCUGGUUUAUAGUGCAAGUUUGGACCAGAGUUUUAAAGUUUGGAAGGUCAAGGUGUCACCAGAAGAGAAGAUGGGGUUCAGUUAUAUGAAGAGGAGUUUUUCCAGGACUAAGGUUAGGGAUUAUGAGACUAGCCCUGUGUUGUCUCCUUCAUGGGUUGAGAGGAAGCUGCUUCAAAGGUAA